UAAGUGAACAUAGAAAGUUAAUGUUUUAUUCUCGUAAUCCCACUUUAAGUGAGUGAACCGUAGUUUUUGUGAUGUGACUUCUAACUGAGCCCGGGUGGUGCUUUUACGCACGAUGGAGGAGCUUUUACGCGAGCAGGAUGGCAACAUCUCGUGGGCAGAUUUGAGCCACAGAAACGACACUUAUUUGAGAAACAUCACAGUGAACCCGCUAAAGCGAAACGAAGACGUGGCCAAAGUGGAAGUGACUGUUUUGGUCCUGGUUUUGCUUCUGGCGCUCAUUGGGAACCUGUGCGUCUUGUGGGCGAUACGCACAUCCAAGCACAGCCAGUCUCGGAUGUACUAUUUCAUCAAGCACUUGAGCCUCGCGGAUCUGGUUGUAGCUGUGUUCCAGGUCCUUCCGCAGCUCAUUUGGGACAUCACCUUCCGUUUCUAUGGGCCGGAUUUGCUGUGCAGAUUGGUUAAGUACCUCCAGGUCGUUGGCAUGUUCGCGUCCACGUACAUGCUCGUGCUGAUGUCCGUGGACAGGUGCUUGGCCAUAUGCAAGCCGCUGCGUUCCGUGCGCAAAAGAAAGGACCGGCUGUGCGUCGCUGCAUCGUGGAUCCUGAGUCUGGUUUUCAGCGUUCCUCAGAUGUACAUUUUCUCUCUGCGGGACGUGGGUAACGGCGUGUACGAUUGUUGGGGGGACUUCGUGCAUCCCUGGGGCGCCAAAGCCUAUAUCACCUGGAUGACUAUCAGCAUAUACAUUCUACCCGUGACUAUUUUAACUGUCUGCUAUGGACUCAUUUGUUUUAAGAUAUGGCAGAAUUUUAAUAUGAAGACAAGAAGAGAGCGCUUUUUGGCCCGCGCCCCGAGAGCCCAGAAGUCUGCGCAUCACCUGUCCCGCGUGAGCAGCGUCAGACUCAUAUCCAAAGCAAAGAUCCGCACUGUUAAAAUGACUUUCGUGGUGGUGCUUGCGUACAUUGUGUGUUGGACCCCGUUCUUCUCUGUCCAGAUGUGGUCUGCCUGGGACCCUGCUGCGCCCAGAGAAGAAAUGGCUUUCAUCAUCUCCAUGUUAUUGGCCAGUCUGAACAGCUGCUGUAACCCUUGGAUCUACAUGUUCUUCGCGGGGCACCUCUUCCACCAGGGGGCGCAGUGCCUCUUCUGCUGCUGUGGUCAGUACCUGUCCGUGUCCACGUGCAGCUGUGACCGAAAGUGUGAGCAGAAGUGCCGCUCGUCCACGCACACCAUCAAGAACGCGUGCAGCCAGAGGAGCCUGUCCCACACGUCCAGCACGGGGGGGCAGACUCAGUGAAGGACAGGGGAGACUUCUGAUUUAUGAGAUUU